AUGUCCACCCGCGAACCAUCCUCACACCAACAUCCGCGCUCCCGCUCCCGUUCCCCAGACAAACACAGACGCCAUCACCAUCACCGCGAUCGUGAUCGCAGCCAUCGACAUCACCACAGAAGCCACAACCAUGACCGUCGCGAACGCCGCCCCGAACCGCCGGCGAAACCAGUCAUCCUCCCCUUCCAAGCACGGGAGCUCUCCAAGCGCGACCUCUCCACCUACGAACCCAUGUUCGCCAUGUACCUGGACAUCCAGAAGGGGAUUCUCAUAGAAGAUCUCAGCGAAGACGAAGUCAAGGGAAGAUGGAAGAGCUUCAUCAACAAAUGGAACCGUGGAGAACUCGCGGAAGGGUGGUACGAUCCGAGCACCCUUGAGAAGGCGCGCCGUAGUGCCCAGGACGAGCCCAUUGCGUCUGCUUCCGGGCGGCACCGCCGGUCCCCGGACUACGGCCGGGGUGAGGAUGGGAGAGCAGACCGGCGGGAGGAGGGGGAGGACGAUAAUCCCGACGAGGACGAGGAUGACUACGGCCCUGUUCUGCCGAAAUAUGACCAGUUGGGUAGAUAUGACGGUGGUCGCGCGGGACAAUCGUCUGGGCCGACUAUUCCUACAAUGCAGGAUCUGGAGUUACGGAAAGAAUCGGCUAUUGAGGAUGCUAUGGCGGCGCGGGAGGACUCAUGGAAACAGCGCCGUGCUGAGGUACGCUCGCACCGGUCUGAGUUACGACAUAUGGAAGAUGAGGUUGCGCCGCGGGCUGAACCGGGGACUCAUGAGCGGAAGAUGGAGAAACGUCAGGAGGCUGCUGCUGCGAAUCGAGCCUUUGCUGAGUCCCGGCGGGACGAAUUGAUGGGUUCCGCGGACAAUGAUCUGGACGCCCUCAAGCGGGCCAAGGCGACAGAACAACAGAAGAAGAACGAGCGGGAAAUCCGAAGGGAAGAAAUACUCCGCGCACGCGCUGCGGAGCGUGAGGAAAGAUUGCAGCAAUAUCGCCAGAAAGAGGAUGAAACCAUUGACUGGCUUAAGGCGCUGGCAAAGCAGCGGUUUGGGUGA